AUGAAGCCAUUGCCUCCGGAUGACGCCGGUUCCGGCUCGGAUGAUAAGCCUGAGAGGCGCACUCCUAUCUUCACCGUCUCCGAAGAGGUUCAAGAACACUUUGUGCAUCCAGAUGACAGGCGAUUCUUCGACCGCCACCCGUGGACACGCCGUAUCCCCAUCUUUGGUCCCUCUUGCGAAGGCUAUGGUCCCAAGUGUGUGGCUGGCCUUCGUGUGGUCCACCUGCUUUGCAAGGGUAUUGCCGAUGAUUUGGUACACGGACUUGUCUAUGCUAUGUUGGUGAACCGCUAUCAUGUUGCGGGAGAUAAAUACCAACGCCUGGCGACCUUAUAUAGUCUGGGAUGGUCUGCAAAGCCCUUUACCGCCAUGCUGUGUGACAGCCUUGCCCUCCUCUGCCAUACGAAGAGGUGGUACAUGGCCAUUUCUUGUGUAGUAGGUGCCAUGCGCGUCCUCGCCUUCGCUCUUCUACCCGUGGAAGAAGCCUCGGCUAACACUGCGGCUGUCCUAAUCUUUCUUACUUCCUACUGCAAAGCCAACGUGGACAUCCUCUCAAAUGGGUUCUACAGUCGUCUCAUGAUCAAAUAUCCACAUCAGGGUCCUGCGCUGGUUAGCUGGGCUUGGUGGUUUCUUUUAUUAGGCGGUAUUAUAUCAUCUGCCUUAACAGGCCCUCUUGCGGAUGCGGGAAUUCCCCAAGUUGGGCUUUGUAUCUCCAUGGUUCUGCAGCUUAUCACGUGCGUUGUUUUCAUUUUCAAUUUGUACGGUGAGAAGACUAACCGAGAAGAGCGCACCGAGGACCUGAUGAACAUGCAUCUGAGAAGUCUCAAGGACAAGGAGCCGUUUGUUCCGGACACCACAAACGACGGAGACGUGAAGAUGAACCGCAGUGGCAAUGAGAUGGUCCUACACGAGUCCCUCCAGGGUAUCAUAGAGGAGGAAAUGGAGGGGCCACCAACAUAUGAGCCUGUGGUCAGUUGCUGUGGCAUUUUCGAGUUUAACAAGGACGUCUUCAUGGAAAACUGGAGGAUGUUCCUGCACGGUGUCAUUAUGACAUGCUCAGUGGUGGCCAUGAUCGUCUGCAACAUCUUCGCUGACAAGUUGGGCCUUCUUAUGGUUUGCAUCGGUGUAUCGGUUGUGCGUUGCGGGGCAUCCUUCUGGGCCCUGCCGAUGGCCAUUGCCAAGGUUAACAUAUUCGGGUAUCUUCAAACGCUAACUUUCAUUCGUUUGCCGGGUGCAUUAAAUACGUUUUAA